UGUAGGUGCAUCUGUAUCCAAGCAGAGGCAAGCCUUCCAUUUAUUACAAGGGUUGUUUUUUCCCCUCUCCUUUCUCCAUUAGCUCUCUUGUCCGGAUAUAAAACACACUGAUGCCGCUGCGUCUCUCACACUGCCACUCAAAGUAACCUGAAAGUCUUGUGUGGAUCCAUAAACUGCGAAGAGACGGCGUUAUGUCAGCAUCCAUGGAAAUACUGACUAACUAACAGAGGGACUGAGACUUUUCCAGCAGUGCCAGUGAAAAACAGCCUGUAGUGAAGACGAGGUUCCCAGUCCUGUGUGGGAUGUUAACAGACUGGUGUCACGUUAAGGCUGAAGGAGCAUGGUGAAGCACCAACCCUUACAGGUCUAUGAGAAGCAAGUCUUUGUCUCCUUUGUCACUGGGAUCUAUGGUUGCCGCUGGAAGCGAUACCAGCGUUCCCAGGAUGAAAGCUCCAGGUGGGAGUGUACGUGGUUCGUCAUCCUGUGCAGCUCCUUUCUUCUGCUUCUCUUUUGGGGUUACUUCUGGUUGAUGGCUCGAAAUGAUUUUAAUGACUUCAAUUGGCUGGUGUACAACCGUUCUGGAGAAUGGAGAGAUGAGACAAUGCCCAUCCUCGCUUCCACCACCGUGGGAUUCAGCUACGUCACAUUCUUAUUGAUCUUAGCACUUUUCCACAUAUCUUUGGGCCAGCAGCUGAAUCUCUAUUGGGUUCACAAGAUGGGGGUGCUGGCUACACUCCUCACCACUAUCUCUGGUGUCAUUUUUGUCGAUGACUUAUGGGGAGACGAGUGGGACAUUCUGCUUGCGUCACUGCAGUACACAGCACCUUUCCUGCAUCUUGGCGCCCUGGUAACAGUGACAGCUAUCAGCUGGCUGGUAGCUGGAUAUGUUGUCCGCAGAGAGAAAUCCAAUAUCCAGGUGAUGGUGUUGUUUAUCUACAUUGUAGUCCUCCUUGCUCUCUGUUUGGCACCGCUCACAUUCACCUGCCCCUGCAUCAUGGACCGUCAUAGCCUCAAACCGCGACCAAGCGUCAUUGGCCGAAGAGGAGCUCCUAUGCUGGCUCCAGAGAACACCGUGGUGUCCUUUAACAGAGCCCUGCAGCAUGGUGCCAGCUCCUUGGAGGCUGAUGUCACCAUAAGUGUCGAUGGGGUUCCCUUCCUCAUGCGAGACCACACUCUGAGGCGGACCACAGAUGUCACUAAGGUGUUUCCAGCCAGACAGUAUGAAGAUGCCUCCUUUUUCAACUGGACAGAGAUACGCUCUCUCAAUGCAGGCCAGUGGUUUUUGGAGAGUGACCCCUACUGGACAGCAGCAUCACUGACAGCGAAGGAGCGGAGCAGAAUAGGCAACCAGACGGUUUGCAGUCUGGUGGAAAUGCUUCGUCUGGCAGCCAAGGCCAACAGCUCCGCGCUGCUCAACAUUCACAAACCUCCACCAGAGCACCCACGCUACCGCAGCUGGUUCAUGGACACGCUGCGGGCUGUGCAGAAAGCGGGGAUUCCCCUGAAGAGGGUGAGGACUGUGACGUGGACCCCCGACACAGACAGGGGGAGGGUGCGAGGGCUUCACCAGACCACAAGUGAGAAGCUGUCAGUGGAAGCGAUAAGGCAGAGAGGAAUUACAAGUCUGACCCUCCACUACAGCAAGGCUAGCCACAAAGAGCUACAGGAGUACCUGGCCAAUAAUGUGAGUGUGACUGUCUACCCGGUGAAUGAGCCCUGGCUCUACUCUAUUCUGUGGUGUAGUGGGGUGCCUUCUGUGUCUUCUGAUGCCCCCCAUGUCCUCCGAAAGGUGCCUUAUCCCAUCUGGCUCAUGAGCCAGAGCGCUUACAACUUCAUCUGGAUGACUUCAGAUCUAGUGUCCGUCGCCAUAGUCAUAGGGGUUUUCUUUUUUCAGAACUAUCAUAUGAUCAGGUGGAGGAUGAGCGGGAUGCAAAACUAUAACCCAGAACACAUCAUGCUGAGCGGUGUAGCACGAAGGUCCAGUCGUGACGUCAACAUCAUGAAGGAGAAGCUCAUAUUCUCAGAGCUUAACAAUGGGCUCAGCAGUACAGAGGAACUUUCUCUGUAUCCCGAGAAUGGCUACGUCAGAUAUUCUCAUGGAGGCCUCAGUCGCUGACCAGAACAGCCACAGCUGCAAACUUGAGUUUGACGUCAGAGAUCUGACACGUCUUCUUUCAUCAGGGUACUGAUCUGCUGAGCACAUAUCACGUUUAAGUCCUGACAAUUAAAAGUUUUCCAUUUAUGGCCUGUUGCUUACUUUUCUUAAUCUUCCAUCAUAAUUGUCCACUGGGUAGUGAUUUCUCCAUGAUGACAAACUUGGGAGUGUUUUAAUAUCAUGUAUUUGGGGGUUUUCUCAGUUGUUCUAUGUACUAUUACCAGUUUCAGCCAAAUUCUUCUGAUAUGGUUAGCCAUUAACAUUUAUGUUCUAAGAAGAUAUUUGUUUGGCUUAAAUUACCGUAUUUUUCGGACCAUACGGCGCACCGGAUUAUAAGGCGCAUUAAGCGAAACAAAACAGUCAGAUAAGUCAAACUUUACUCAUUCUUCUUGCUUCCUCCACUUCCGUACCAUUGAUUCGUUAAACAAGCUAGCCCAACGUCCGUAACCCUACAAACGUCACUGCUGUUUAGUUUUCUGUCUUCAUUUAUGUUGGAAGUGAUAGCAGAGCUGUACGUUUAA